GUUUGGGCGGGCUCGGCGGCGGCCGCUGCUGUUCCGUGCUGCGCUGCUGCGGCUGAAGGAGACUCGAGGACGGGGCCCAGCACGGUGCCGGUGCCGCCGCCCCGCUCCCUCCCCGCUCCAUGCGCAAGAUGCUGCUGGCCGCGCUCUCCCGAGUGUUGCCCGGCCCGGCCGCCGCCGCCGCCGCCGGCAGGACGGGAGCUGUUAGUGAGGCCUCUCGAGUGAUGGUAGCAUCACGUAACUAUGCAGACUUUGCAAAUGAAGCUACAUUUGAAAUUAAGAAAUGUGACCUCCAUCGCCUGGAAGAAGGCCCUAGUACCACGGCAGUGAUGACUCGAGAGGAGGGGCUUCAUUACUACAAGACGAUGCAGACCAUACGGCGCAUGGAGCUGAAGUCUGACCAGCUGUACAAGCAGAAGAUUAUUCGUGGCUUCUGCCACUUGUAUGAUGGUCAGGAGGCUUGCUGCGUAGGGCUUGAAGUUGCCAUAAAGCCUACAGACCAUGUAAUAACAGCGUACAGAGCUCACGGUUUUACCUAUGCACGAGGUGUUCCCGUUCGAGAAAUUCUUGCUGAGCUUACAGGUCGAAAAGGAGGAUGUGUGAAGGGAAAAGGAGGAUCGAUGCACAUGUAUACCAAAAACUUCUAUGGUGGUAAUGGUAUUGUUGGCGCUCAGGUUCCUCUUGGAGCUGGGAUUGCUCUGGCAUGUAAAUACUUCGGUAAAAACGAAGUGUGUCUGACUUUGUAUGGGGACGGUGCAGCCAAUCAGGGCCAGAUAUUUGAAACAUACAAUAUGGCAGCCUUGUGGAAAUUGCCUUGUGUUUUUAUCUGUGAGAACAAUCGGUAUGGGAUGGGAACUUCGGUUGAAAGAGCUGCAGCCAGUACUGACUACUACAAAAGAGGAGACUUCAUUCCAGGGCUCAGGGUGGAUGGCAUGGAUGUUCUCUGUGUCCGAGAAGCAGCCAAGUUUGCAACUGAGCACUGCAGAGCUGGAAAAGGUCCUAUUGUGAUGGAGUUGCAGACAUACCGUUAUCACGGCCACAGUAUGAGUGACCCUGGAAUAAGCUAUCGUACUAGAGAAGAAAUCCAAGAAGUGAGAAGCAAAAGUGAUCCCAUUACUUUGCUGAAGGACAGAAUGAUCAACAAUAACCUUGCAAGCAUUGAAGAAUUAAAGGAAAUUGAUGUGGCAGUGAGAAAGGAGAUAGAGGAAGCUGCUCAGUUUGCUACCACUGACCCAGAGCCACCACUGGAAGAACUAGGUAACCACAUUUACUACAAUGAACCACCCUUUGAAGUGCGUGGCCCAAACCAGUGGAUAAAGUACAAGUCUGUCAGCUAAUGGCCUUUUUAUUGGGCACAACUUAUUCAUAAGAAUAAGUGAAUGCAUAAGAAGAACUGUAAUGACUCAAAUAAACCUUAAUCUUAUUUAAAAGCUCUUUCAAAUAAGGAGGUGUUGUGUAAGGCAAUCCGUCACAGCAUGGGUUGUCUUAAACAUGCCUGAAUGUUUUGGAAGGAGCUGUAUUCAGAGAAGGCAAUGGUUUAUUUAAAUUGCUAUGUAUUUGCUUUACAAACUUUUCUUUGAAGUGCUGUAUGUGUCAUGUACAGUGUAAAGACAAAAAAAAUUAAACUUCAAUAACAUUUAA